CAGAUUCAUCAAUUAAUCACGAAUUCUUCUUCUCUAGUCUCCAAAUCUCAAUACCAUUCUGAAUAUUUGCAUUUUCCGACGAAGUUCACACUGAUUCAAGCAGCCAAAAAUGGUGUCAGUGGGGGAAAUCAGAAAGUCCCAAAGAGCUGAGGGUCCAGCCACGGUUCUGGCUAUCGGCACGGCCACUCCAGCCAACUGUGUCUACCAGGCUGACUAUCCUGAUUACUACUUCCGCAUCACCAACAGCGAGCAUAUGACCGAAUUGAAAGAGAAGUUCAAGCGCAUGUGUGAAAAAUCCAUGAUAAACAAACGCUACAUGCACCUCACUGAAGAAAUUCUCAAGGAGAACCCCAACGUCUGUGCUUACAUGGCCCCAUCUCUUGAUGCCCGUCAAGACAUGGUGGUGGUUGAAGUACCAAAGCUUGGCAAGGAAGCUGCUGUCAAGGCCAUCAAAGAAUGGGGCCAGCCCAAAUCCAAGAUCACCCACCUUGUCUUCUGCACCACCUCCGGUGUUGACAUGCCCGGUGCUGACUAUCAACUCACCAAGCUGCUCGGCCUCAAACCCUCCGUCAAGAGGCUGAUGAUGUACCAACAGGGCUGCUUUGCUGGAGGCACCGUCCUCCGCCUUGCCAAGGAUCUUGCCGAGAACAACGCCGGCGCCCGUGUUUUGGUCGUCUGCUCUGAAAUCACCGCCGUCACUUUCCGAGGCCCCUCUGACACCCACCUGGAUUCUCUCGUGGGUCAGGCGCUUUUCGGUGAUGGUGCAGCUGCCAUUAUCAUUGGUGCAGACCCAGAUACCAAAAUCGAGCGCCCACUCUUCGAACUCGUCUCUGCAGCUCAGACUAUUCUCCCCGACUCCGAGGGUGCAAUCGAUGGACACCUGCGCGAAGUGGGUCUCACUUUCCAUUUACUGAAAGACGUCCCAGGGUUGAUUUCCAAGAACAUAGAGAAGAGCUUGGUGGAAGCCUUCAAGCCGAUCGGCAUCAGCGACUGGAACUCCUUGUUCUGGAUCGCUCACCCCGGUGGCCCAGCAAUUUUAGACCAGGUUGAGUUGAAACUGGGUCUGAAGGAAGAGAAACUGAGAGCAACUCGACACGUUCUGAGCGAGUAUGGGAACAUGUCUAGUGCAUGCGUGCUGUUUAUCCUGGACGAAAUGAGGAAAAAGUCGAUCGAAGAAGGAAAGGGCACCACAGGGGAAGGCCUGGAAUGGGGCGUUCUGUUUGGAUUUGGACCAGGUCUCACCGUUGAAACCGUUGUGUUGCACAGCCUUGCUACACAAUCGACUCACUGAGUCACUCGUCCUUAUAAUACUGAAGGGAAGAUGGGAAUGGCUGCUGGCUGGAGACUGGUGAUGACUGCAUGUCAUCAUGUGCCAACCUACGCAGCUACCCUUCCUUCCUUUGUUAUGUUUUGCUUUAUUUUUAUGUUCUUUUGUGUCCC